AUCACGACGUGCUACAGUCAUCGGGAGGAGAUUCUGGUGCAGGACAUCCAGCUACACAUCACACUGUGCAUCCGUGGCGCAGUGAUCGCGGACUUCUUAUCAUCUUAACGCUAGAUUAUCUUACGCGUGUAGCCUUUGCUAUAAGGCAUCAUGGCGAAGUCACCGGCUUAAUGCUGCUCUGUGCGGCAGUCGUCAUCGGACGCUGCUAAAGCAAAGCUACGAUUCUGCAGUCGGAUCUGCCCAAAGACGUCUGGAAACUCUAUGUCAGGCAGGCAAAGAAAUGGCGACGAAAGUUCAUCAAGAAAUGGAACAAGGAAAUGGACCCACUUCUGCUCUUUGCGACCCUGUUCUCGGCAGUCGUAACUGCCUUCGUUGUCUUGUCCUAUCCCACACUUCGUUCCGACGACAAUGCGGCCUCUCUCGAAGUGCUCCAAGAGAUUCUCGUUACGCUGCGGGAUAAUCAGACAACGCCCAUGAACGGCAAUGCGACGUCGCUACAACCAGGAGCGACACCAUUCACGCCCAGGAACUACGCUAUUCGCGUGAACUCGUUCUGGUUGGCGAGCCUGAUCAUCAGCGUGUCGGUGGCAUUCCUCACGAUCCUUGCCAAACAAUGGCUGGCUAGUCUUGGUGGAGACUUACACCCGUCUGUGGACGCCCGUGGGCGCCAGUUCCAGUAUCGAUAUGACAACGUGCGCAAGUGGAGGCUCGGUACAGCCUUGGAGUGGCUUCCUAACCUUCUUCACAUCUCGCUGCUGCUCUUCUUCGUUGGCUUGCUCGACUUCCUCUGGUCCACUGACACUGUCGUCGCCAUUGUGGCAACGGCAUUUGUCGGUAUGACCGUCGCGAUCUACAUCGGCACGUAUAUCCUGUCCCAUCUCUCGGCGACGUGCCCGUACCGUACAACGGUGGACCCGACAACCUUCACCUGGGAGUUUAUUCGACGACUGCCCUAUACAUCAUGGAAGAUCGCAUACCCCAUGCUGUGGCUAUAUCGUACCCUGCAACGGGUUUCGGGUGCUUACGGAGUCAAAGUCCCUUUCGCUGAGUACAUAGCGGCUCUCCACAACGAGCGCAUGUCACGCGCCGACAAGGGGCUUGACACCGACAUCGCUUCACGGGAAGCGAACUAUAUCCUAGAGCACCCAGAACUAAUGGAUGCACGAUCACUGGCGCGGAUGGUGCACUCAUUCCUCCCCAAUAUCACAACCGACGACGCCCAAAUGCUGGUCGAUCAAAUCUGCCGAUAUCCGUUUCUUGUCCGGUAUAGGGACAUCUUCAUUGCGGCGGGCACCGUACGAUUUCUCAGCCAAUGGCUACAGCACAUCGAGAACUCGGAAAGCACACAUCCGCAGCCACAGAAGAAUCCUCGUAACUCUCCGCUCCGAUGUACGAGCCCUGCAUUCCGACUCUGUGCUUAACGGCCCUUUAUACGUCUGUUCAGAAUCACACACAGAUCAUCUGACCUAGUGUAGCUCUAUAGCAUUUCUUACAAAGCCAUUAUAUUCCAUUAUAUUCCCCCAUUAUAGCUGCGCCCACUUAUGUGGCGCGAAA